AUGGCUCACUCUGGGCAACCUUCGAAUGCUGUUGGUCACCAGAAUGUCAGUAUUUUUACGCCGGAGCACAUCUGCAAGCAAAAUUCCAAGUUAGGAGCAAAAGUCAAGGCCAGAAUAGAAUGGUCAAAGCGAACCUUCACCAUUCGACUCUUCGAGGCCUUCGACAAAAGCGCCAAUCCCAGAAAGAAAGAUAAAAAAAAACAAAUGUUAUUGAUUCCUGUCUGUGGCAAUUGCUCCGAGGCAGAAGCAGAGUGCCGGUACCAGGAGCUUCCGAUUCAGUCUCUAGAAUCUCCAGCGAUCCCCUCAGCAAUAUCAAGAAGGCUUGACAGUAUAGAAUCACUCCUCAAGUCCCAUUCAGAAGCAAUUGCUGCGAUUUCUCAGCAGCAGCAGGUUUUGGACGCUCUAUGCUCCCCCCAUGAGAUCCUAGAUGCGCAGGCAGUGCCAACAGAUGCAAUAAUUAUCGAACCGCCAAUCCCCGAUCCAUCUCGCGUCGACAGGCUCAAUUUGACAUCUCCACUUAGCAAUACACACUCUUCUCCAUCGUCGAUUGCGGGUAUCAGUCCUGAAUUUAAUACUGCUCAGGUUGAUGGAAGUGGCAACUUAUUUGCCCCCUUCACAGGCCCGCCCAAACACCAGACGUCACCAGUAAAUAGUCUACUUAAAUUACCAGUCAUCAGGUCCCUAGUGGGAGAACUCCCCGAAGAUCAUUUCUUUUCAAUCGAGUCUCGACACGUUCCUCCGGCGCCUGGCACCUGGAUAUUCUCCCAGGCGGAGCUUCCAGCUAUCGAGCAAGAGGUCACAGACCGGUUGGUAGAGACUUUCUUCUCCGACAUCCAUCCGUGCCAUCCAAUUCUAGACCGUGAUGCAUUUUUCGCAAUGUAUGAAAAUGUCAUGUCGGACGGGCUGGGGUUGGGUUUGCAGUCGGCAUUUUGUCUUGUCGUUUUUGCGCUGGGGGCUGUGGCAUCAGAGGCCGCAGCGGUUGAUCCGCAAGAGCAAUACUGGGAGCCGGCCCUGAAAUACCUCCAACCCGCUUUAAAAAUUCUUAUGGCUGAGUCUGCCUUUUCAUUUGGGACCGACUUGCGGUUCGUUCAGGCGUUGAUAUUCGGCGGGAUUUGUUUUGCAUACAUGGCAAAGCCGUUGCAUAGCUGGAAGCUCAUUCACAUGGCUUCUACGGAUGUGCAGCUGCUGCUGUCGAGGAGUGAAAGUGCCGCCAUUGGUGAAUCGUACAAGGAGCGGAUACUAGAGGCAUGCUGGAGUUGUUUUCUUCUAGAAUGUGAUUAUCUUACCGAGCUUAAGCUUCCACCAAGUGGAAUCGAAACGCUGGUCGAUGACAUGGCACUUCCUAAAGCUGGCAAUCCCAGCGAUCGAGAGGGGCUAAGUUAUCUGGCAGAGAUAUCCAUGAGAAGCCUCCUGAACCGAGUGCUGAGUUCUCUCCCCAACGAGUUCGAAAGCGGCCAGUUAAGUGAGGAGUCUGAAGUAACCGGGGCUAUCACGGUCGCGUCAGAGCUUGAUCAGCAGCUCUUACUGUGGUACGAUUCCGUCCCGGAAAUGAUCAAACCAACGCUGGGUGUGGGGCCGACUGCCGACGGCCGCGAGAGGACUCUGAGGAUCCGCUACUACCAAGCAAGAUACAUCAUCCAUCGCCAAUUCGUGGUGUAUUGCGCUUCACUGCCGGAAGACAGAGAACCAUCCCCGAAAGUCCUGGAGGAGGCGCAGGUGUGUAUCGAGAGUUGCAGGCUCUAUUUGCAGAAUACUGGCGAGAUUUUGAAAAAGCCGUCACAGUAUACCUGGACACUGGCACAGUCGUCACUUGACGCCGCCCUGGUCUUGACUACUGCCUCACUUUCACGGCAUUUAAAAAAUCUAGUUCCAGAUAUCCUUCCGCUGCAGCAGUUGCUCAUUGAUAACAUUGCAAGAUGGGCGGCGCCGGAAUCUAGCUUUGAGUCCAUCUUAUGCAUUCUUGGUGAUAUAGUCGGGAAGCAGCAGUUCCAUUGA